UCCUUCACUAAUUUUCAUAAAUGACCUUCUCAUUUCGCCAUUGAAGAACCCAACCACACUUCCGUUUUCUCAAUUUGCAGAAAGCUAUGGCGCCAAGGUCAGCCAGAGGAAAAGGAAACAAAACUAAAUCUGACAAGAAGAAGAAGGAAGACAAAGUUGUUCCAAGUGUUAUUGAUAUAACAAUCAUCACUCCAUAUGAAACACAAGUUAUACUCAAGGGUAUCUCAACAGACAAAAUCCUCGAUGUGAAGAAAUUGUUAGCUGUUAAUGUCGAUACUUGCCAUCUAACAAACUACUCUCUCGCCCACGAGGUUAAAGGAGCAAAACUGAAUGAUAGGUUGGAUUUGGUUUCUUUGAAGCCUUGUUUGAUGAAGAUGGUUGAAGAGGAGUAUACUGAGGAGGCGCAUGCGGUGGCGCACGUGCGGAGGCUACUUGACAUCGUCGCGAGCACAACGCGGUUCACGAAGCCCAAGACCGGAAGAGGAACCACCGGCGCCGGAGCCGAAGCUCGAUCCAAGAAAGGACGAUCUCAAAAUGUGCAGGCGACAACGGGCCGACCCAUCUCCCCUCUGUCUGAUGGAGGAGAAACCGUUGAAAAUGGCGGUUCUUCUGAAACAGAGACAACUGUGGUUACAACGUCUCCGGUGUCGGAGAACCUCGACAUGGCAGCCAUUCAUCCGUUUCCUAAGCUCUCUGAUUUCUACGAAUUCUUCUCUUUCUCAAAUCUAUCUCCUCCUAUCUUACAGUUGAAAAGAAUUGAUCAUCGGGAUGCGCAAGAGCAGCGCGAGGGUGAUCACUUCGAAAUGCAGAUUAAAAUAUGCAACGGGAAGUUAUUUCAAGUAGUUGCAUCCACAAAUGGCUUCUACGCCUUGGGAAAGCAGUUUUUGCAAAGCCAUUCCCUGGUGGAUCUUCUCCAACAGCUCAGCCAAGCUUUUGCUAAUGCAUAUGAAUCCUUGAUGAAAGCAUAUGUAGAACAUAAUAAGUUUGGUAAUCUUCCAUAUGGUUUUCGGGCGAAUACUUGCCUAGUUCCUCCAUCCAUUUUGGACUCGGGAUCAAACUUCCAGCCACUUCCUUCUGAAGAUGAGAACUGGGGUGGCAAUGGUGGAGGCCAAGGGCGGAAUGGUCAACAUGACCGUAGAGCAUGGGCCACAGAGUUCGCAAUAUUGGCCAGCCUUCCUUGCAAGACUGAGGAAGAAAGGGUGGUUCGUGACCGAAAGGCGUUCUUGCUUCAUAGCUUGUUUGUUGAUGUCUCUAUCUUUAAAGCUGUUUCGGCCAUACGCAAAGUCAUGGAUAGUGUUGCAACAUCGAAUUGUCCUCCAGGAUCAAUCAUGUGUGAGGAUCACGUGGGGGACUUGUCUAUUACAGUGAGACGAGAUGCAGCUGAUGCAAGCUCAAAGCCAGAAGUGAAGGUAAUUGGAGUUGGAUCUCCUAGCAUGUCUUCUGGGGAAGUUGCUCUAAGGAAUUUACUUAAAGGAGUGACAGCAGAUGAGAGUGCAGUUGUCCAUGACACCACCUCUCUGGGUACCGUGUUUGUAAGGCAUUGUGGAUACACAGCAACUGUAAAGAUCGUUGGUGACAUCAAAAAGGCUAAGUUCAUGUCACAAGAUAUCGCAAUUGAUGAUCAGCCUGAAGGUGGAGCCAAUGCCCUUAACAUUAAUAGCUUAAGAGCUCUGCUUCACAACUCGAGAGAUUCUGACUUGUCAGGAUCCCAGUCACCCCAGUCUGAACAGAGCAGUUUUGAGUCUUCAAGGUGUCUGGUUAGACAAGUAAUAAAAGAAAGUCUGAACAACUUAGAGAAGUCAGCAGAUUCUGGGUUGCCUAUCAGAUGGGAAUUGGGCUCUUGUUGGUUGCAGCAUCUCCAAAAGCAGGAAGCUCCAGCAGGAAACAAUUCAGAAAGACCCAACGAAGAUAAAGCUGAAGCAGUUGUUAAAGGCUUAGGAAGUCAAUUUAAAAUGCUGAAGAAGCGGGAAAAGAAGCAAAGCGAUGCUGAUUGCUCGGAUGAUACAGAAGAAAGCAAUUUAGGUCAAGAAAGCAGUGUAGGAGAGCCAGACAGCAAAGAGUCGAGUUCGGAGUCAGAGUUGAAGAAACUGAUUCCAGAAGAAGCCUUCUUAAGGUUGAAAGAAAGUGGAACUGGUCUUCACUUGAAGUCAGGAGAUGAGCUUAUUGAGAUGGCGCACAAAUAUUAUGAUGAAGUCGCAUUGCCUAAGCUGGUAACAGACUUUGCAUCACUUGAACUCUCUCCAGUUGAUGGACGCACACUCACUGAUUUCAUGCAUUUAAGAGGAUUACAGAUGCGCUCUUUGGGACGUGUGGUUGAACUUGCUGAGAAGCUUCCGCAUAUACGAUCACUAUGUAUUCACGAGAUGGUGACACGUGCCUUUAAGCAUAUAUUUGAAGCUGUUAUUGCCUCUGUCAAGAACUUUGCGGAGUUGUCAGCAGCAAUAGUCUCAACCUUGAAUUUUUUGUUUGGGGUGUGGGCAGCAGAUAAUAGAAGUAAAGUAUUUCUUGAAGAUCAGAGCCUUCAAUUGCAAUGGUUACAAGCUUUUCUAUCUAAAAGAUAUGAUUGGAAGAUGAAAGAUGAAUAUCAACACUUGAGGAAGUUAUCGAUUCUCAGAGGACUGUGUCACAAGAUUGGAUUGGAAUUGGUUCCAAGAGACUACGAUAUGGGAAGUCCAAAGCCAUUUAGGAGUUCUGAUAUUAUCAGCAUGGUUCCAGUAUGUAAGCACGUACUAUGUUCCUCUGCUGAUGGGCGGACGCUACUGGAGUCGUCCAAGAUUGCUCUGGAUAAAGGAAAGCUAGAAGAUGCAGUUAACUGUGGAACCAAGGCACUUGCAAAGAUGAUAGCUGUAUGUGGUCCUUAUCACCGCACCACCGCUAGUGCAUACAGUCUCCUUGCAGUAGUUCUUUACCACACUGGUGACUUUAAUCAGGCAACCAUUUAUCAACAAAGGGCUUUGGAUAUAAAUGAGAGAGAACUUGGGCUUGAUCAUCCUGAUACAAUGAAAAGUUAUGGGGAUCUCUCAGUUUUCUACUACCGUCUCCAACACAUUGAACUGGCACUUAAAUAUGUCAACCGUGCUUUGUUCCUUCUGUAUUUCACAUGUGGACUCUCUCAUCCUAACACGGCUGCAACUUAUAUUAAUGUGGCUAUGAUGGAAGAGGGAAUGGGCAAUGUUCAUGUUGCUCUUAGAUACCUGCAUGAAGCCCUAAAAUGCAACCAAAGAUUGCUCGGAGUGGAUCAUAUACAGACAGCUGCAAGCUAUCAUGCGAUAGCCAUAGCUCUUUCACUGAUGGAAGCUUAUUCCCUGAGCGUGCAACAUGAACAAACGACAUUACAGAUUCUUCAAGCAAAAUUGGGAGCAGAGGACCUUCGUACUCAGGAUGCUGCUGCAUGGCUUGAAUAUUUUGAAUCAAAAGCCUUAGAGCAGCAAGAAGCAGCAAGAAACGGGACUCCAAAACCAGAUGCAUCCAUUGCCAGCAAGGGUCACCUUAGUGUAUCAGAUCUACUUGAUUUCAUAAGUCCAGAUCAGGAUUCCAAGGGGGGAGACGCACAGAGGAAACGGCGUGCCAAGGCAUCAGCAGUGGGUGAGAAAUUUCAUGAAGUGCAGACCGAUACAAGAAACGAUGACACUGUAAUUCAUGAUACCAUGGAAACCACUGUGGCAAAAGCAGAAUCUACGAUUCAUGAGGAUAUAUCAGAUGUGAUUGUCGAAAAAGUGAAAGGGGGCAAUAAUAUCAUUAAAAAUGAUUCAUUCAUCACAGAAGAAAUUGUUCAAGAAACAAUCUCUGAUGAAGGAUGGCAAGAAGCAAACCCGAAGGUGCGGUCAGGAAAUGGUGGUCCCAAAAAGUUUGGCCGAAGACGGCCGGACCUGACUAAACUACACAUUAAUGGCUCGGAAAACACUAACAAGAGGGAGGUAAUUCAGCAGGGGCAGAAAAUAACACCAAGAACAAGCUCAACAGAUUUAUCUCAGCAAAAGCAGUCAAAGACAAGCUUGACCGGGGGCGAGGACUUCACUAAGCCCCCCAUAAGGACGUCAGUACCCAGAAUCUCCCCUCGGGUUUCCCCGAGUGCAGCAACCGUUAACGCCAUGGCUUCAAAGUCUGUGUCAUACAAAGAAGUUGCAGUUGCCCCACCAGGUUCGAUCCUAAAGCCAUUACUUGAGACGGUAGAAGAAGUUGAGAAUCAGGAGAAGGUAAAAAACGAAGAAAUCCCCGUAUCAAACGGUUCUGGUGAUCCAUCAGAGGCAGUCAAGAGCGAAGAACUUGAUGUAGACGAUAGGAUACCAGAUGAUGAAGUUAUAAAAGAAGUUGAUAUCGUUCAUGAGAGUGCAUCAAAGUUGGCAGAAGUUGAAGAUGCAGAAGAUCAAUCUGGAGGUAACAAGGCUGAAAGUAGUAGCAAACUUUCAGCUGCAGCUCAACCAUUCAGCCCAGCUGCUGUACCUUUGACUCAUCCUCUGGCAACAAACGUGUAUGAUGUUAUAGCCAGUCAAGGCAUGUUAGCCGAGCCAGUCGGAUUUCCACCAAUUGCAGCUCGAGUUCCAUGUGGACCCAGAUCGCCAUUAUAUUACCGAAUGAGCCAGUCAUUUCGCAUGAAAAACGGGUUCUUGAAAUAUCAAAUUCCUGGCAGUGGUUUCGGUAAUAGCCCAAGAAUCAUGAACCCACAUGCACCCGAAUUUGUGCCGAAACGAGCUUGGCAAGGCUCAGAACCAGGUGAAGGUUCACAGUGUGCAACUAGCGGCAAAACCGAAGACGAAAGAUUGAGAAAGACAAGCUCGGAUGCCGAAAAGGCAGAACUAGCAAGACAGAUUCUGCUUAGCUUCAUUGUGAAGUCCGUCCAUGAUAACUCGGAGACCCGAAUCGAGCCCUCGGAGAAAAGGCCCGAGUACAGCGAUGGCUCAACAGAUGCAAUCGCGAAAGACAGUGCAAUUAUAAAGAUUCUUUACGGGAACGAAGCGGAAGCGCAGAGCAAUGAGGCAAAAAGUAACAAAAACGGAGACGGAGACGGAGACGGAGAAGGAUUCGUGAUGGUGACGAAACGACGACGAAACAAACAGCAGUUUGCGAGCGGGGUGAGUGGGUUAUAUAACCAUACGACCCAGCAAUCUGUAUCUGCUUCAGUACGUUGAUUGAGGUUAAGAAUGGUUGGUUUUUUGGCAACAUAUCCGCAGAGGCUGUUGUUCUUCCUCUUUAUGUAAAGAGGUUUUGUUUUUGUUUACUAAUAAUAAUAAUAA